UGUUAAAAUAGCUAAUAAUACCAUAGAAAAAAUGAUCCUCGGAGGUGUCUUGGAUUCCAUAGGAAAUGUUGUGAACGACAUUUCCGGUUCGAACACAUCCACCAAGACAAUAACAGGCAGUGUUGUUUUAGUCAAGAAGAACUUUUUGGACCUCACCUCCAUGACCUCCACCGUCGCAGAUGGCCUUUUCGAGUUUCUCGGAAAUGGAGUCACUCUCCAGCUCGUCAGUGCUCAAAAUUCUGAUCCUGCAAAUGGAUAUGGAGGAAAGCUGGGGAAGAUGGAAGGUUUGGAGUACUGGAACCUGACAUUUACUCCUCCAUUGGCUGGUAGUGAUUCAUUGUAUAAGGUUACAUUUGAGUGGGAUGUGGAGUUUGGAAUUCCUGGAGCUAUCAUCCUUCGAAAUAAUCAUGUGGCUGAGUUUUUCUUAAAGACGAUCACCCUCGAAGAUGUUCCUGGCGCCGGUCGAAUUCACUUUGUUUGCAAUUCAUGGGUGUACCCUGAUAGACAAUAUAAACAACCACGAGUUUUCUUCCCCAACAAGACAUACCUUCCACAUGAGAUGCCUGCAGCGCUGCGUAAAUACAGGGAGGAAGAGCUAAAGGCCUUGAGAGGUGAUGGGACCGGAGAGCUGAAACUAGGAGAUCGUGUUUAUGACUAUGCUUUGUACAAUGAUUUGGGUGACCCUGAUAAGGGUGCCGAACUCGCCCGUCCGGUUCUCGGAGGCUCAAUGCAGUAUCCUUAUCCUCGUAGAGGAAGAACAAGCAGACCACCUUCAAGAUCAGAUCCUAACACGGAGAGCAGGCUUUUUCUACCGGAUGUUCUUAACAUUUACGUCCCACGAGACGAGCAAUUUGGUCAUUUGAAGCUGUCGGAUUUCAUUGUUUAUAAUCUGAAAGGCUUAGUUAAUAAAAUCAUUCCUUUAUUAGAAGCUUUUGUUAACUAUACUCCGAAUGAGUUCGACUCCUUCAAAGACGUAGACAAUCUCUACUUCAAUGGAAUUCCACUUCCUACCGAUCUUAUCAAUCAACUCGCAAGUAACAUCCCUUUGGAGAUGAUGCAGGAAUUUUUUCGAUCUGAUGGCCAACAACUCUUAAAGUUUCCAGUGCCUAAAGUGAUUGAAGACCGGAAUAAUCCCAUAGCAUGGAGGACAGAUGAAGAAUAUGGCCGAGAAAUGAUUGCAGGAUUGAACCCUCUUCUCAUUCGUCUCCUCACGGAAUUCCCUCCGGCUAGCAAGUUAGAUCCUGAAGUGUAUGUUCAUCAAAACAGUUCUAUAACUAAAGAACACAUUGAGUAUAACUUGGAUGGACUUACUGUAGAAGAGGCACUGAGUAGCAAAAGGCUAUUUAUUUUGGAUCAUCAUGAUACUGUAAUGCCUUACCUUGGGAAGAUAAACAGCUAUACUGAAGCAAAGACAUAUGCAUCUAGGACAAUUCUGUUCUUGAGAGGCGACGGUACAUUAAAGCCAAUGGCUAUUGAAUUGACCUUGCCGAAACCGGAUGGAGACAAAAUUGGUGCUCUUAAUCAAGUAUACACUCCUGCAGAACACGGAGUUGAGGGUUGGAUUUGGCAGCUUGCUAAAGCUUUUGUAACCGUGAAUGAUUCCGGUCAUCAUCAGCUUGUGAGCCACUGGUUGAACACUCAUGCAGUUUUAGAGCCAUUCGUGAUUGCAACAAACAGACAACUGAGUGUGGUUCAUCCAAUUUAUAAACUUCUCCAUCCUCAUUUUCGUGACACCAUGACUAUUAAUGCAUUGGCCAGAGAAUUGCUUGUAAAUGCAGAUGGGAUUAUAGAGAAGACAUUUUGUCCCGGAAAAUACUCCCUGGAGAUGUCCUCGGUUAUUUACAAGAGUUGGAAUUUCUUGGAUCAGGCUCUUCCUAAUGACCUCAAGAAAAGGGGAAUUGCAGAUGGUGAUAUAAAUUCUCUCGGUGACCUUGACCGACUUCUGAUAAAAGAUUAUCCAUAUGCUGUUGAUGGGUUGAAGAUCUGGUUUGCAAUUGAAAAUUGGGUUAGAGAUUAUUGUUCCUUUUACUACAAGACUGACGAAAUGGUUAAAGAGGACCCUGAACUUCAAGCUUGGUGGACAGAACUCCGAGAGGUCGGUCACGGUGACAAGAAACAUGAGCCAUGGUGGCCAAAGAUGCAAAACCGCCAAGAGCUAAUACAAUCUUGUACCAUCAUCAUAUGGAUUGCUUCUGCACUUCAUGCAGCUGUCAAUUACGGACAAUAUGCCUAUGGAGGCUACUUCCCGAACCGUCCAACGCUAAGCCGAAGGUUCAUGCCUGAGAAAGGCACUCUUGAAUAUGAUGAGCUUGAGAAGAACCCUGAGAAGGUUUUCUUUAGAACCAUGUCCUCACAGCUGCAAUCAUUGACCGUCAUUACCGUGGUUGAAACCCUGUCGAACCAUGCAUCGGAUGAGAUGUAUCUUGGACAACGAUUCCCGAACUGGACAACGGAUGCUAUUCCGCUAGCAGCUUCAGAGGCUUUCAAUAACAGGCUUGCUGAAAUUGAAGGGGAAAUCUUAAAAAUGAACUUGGACAAGAGAUUGAAGAACAGGAUCGGUCCGGUCAAUGUUCCUUAUAAUUUGCUCCAUCCAACUGGUGAACCUGGAAUCUCUAAUAAGGGGAUUCCAAACAGCAUCUCAAUCUAAUAAACUCGACGUUGUUAAGGGCAUAAAUUGCAUUAAAUAAGUGCUUCUAUUGUAAUUAUUAAAGCACA